AGCUUGCUAAGCUAACUCAUUUCGUAUGCGACUGGGAGAGAUGGGGGCUGUGUUUCACAGCCAGUACUGACAGCGGUGUUACCGAGAGUCCACUUAUAACAAGCGUGAAAACUGAGAGCAUUUUCCCAUUAAGCUUACAGGUCAAACUUGAACAUGGAGUCCAUGCUGAACAAGCUAAAAAGCACCGUCACUAAGGUGACGGCGGACGUCACCAGCGCUGUUAUGGGUAACCCAGUGACGCGGGAGUUUGAAGUUGGGCGACAUAUUGCAAGUGGAGGUCCGGGGUUGUGCUGGAGGAUCUAUAAUGGCACCAAGAAGUCCACCAAACAGGAAGUGGCAGUAUUUGUGUUUGAUAAGAAGAUGAUUGACAAGUAUCAGAAAUUUGACAAGGAUCAAAUCAUUGACUCACUGAAACGAGGCGUGCAACAGCUGACCAGGCUGCGCCAUCCCCGUCUGUUAACGGUUCAGCAUCCUCUAGAAGAGUCACGAGACUGCUUAGCAUUCUGCACAGAGCCGGUGUUUGCCAGUCUGUCCAAUGUGCUGGGCCAGUGGGACAACCUGCCCAGCCCUGUGCCCAACGACAUCAAAGAAUAUAAACUCUAUGAUGUGGAGACCAAAUAUGGCCUGCUACAGAUCUCAGAGGGGUUGUCUUUUCUCCACGGUGGGGUUAAAAUGGUCCAUGGCAACCUGUGUCUUGAGAAUAUCAUCCUCAAUAAGAGUGGAGCCUGGAAGAUCAUGGGCUUUGACUUCAGCAUCUCCUCCAACAACCCCUCAGAGGCUGAGCCAAAGUACACAUGUAAAGAGUGGGAGCCCAACCUUCCUCCUCUCUGCCUCCCUAACCCAGAGUACCUGGCUCCUGAGUACAUACUCUCUGUCAGCUGUGACGCCGCUUCUGACAUGUACUCUCUUGGCGUGGUUAUGCAUGCCGUAUUCAAUGAGGGGAAGCCUGUAUUUCAAGUGAACAAGCAUGACAUUUUUAAGAGUUUCAGCAGGCAGCUGGACCAGUUGAGCAGCAUGAGUCCAGCACUGCUAAACAAGAUCCCUGAAGAAGUUCGGGAACAUGUCAAAAUGCUGCUCAGCGUCACUCCAAACGUCCGGCCCGAUGCCGACCAGAUGACUAAGAUCCCUUUUUUUGAUGACGUUGGUGCAGUCACUCUGCAGUACUUCGACUCCCUCUUCCAGAGGGACAACCUACAGAAGUCCCAGUUCUUCAAAGGCCUUCCCAAAGUGCUGCCCAAACUACCAAAGAGAGUGGUGGUGUAUCGCAUCCUACCAGCAUUGACAUCAGAGUUUGUCAACCCAGACAUGGUUCCCUUCGUCCUGCCCAACGUGCUGCUGAUUGCAGAGGAGUGCACCAAGGAGGAAUACACUCGCCUCGUCUUGCCUGAUCUAACACCUGUUUUUAAGCAGCAGGAGCCUGUUCAGGCUAGUAAUAUGAUCCUGCUGAUAUUCCUGCAAAAGAUGGACCUGCUUCUGACAAAGACGCCACCAGAGGACAUCAAGAACAGUGUGCUACCAAUGGUCUACCGAGCUCUGGAGGCUCCCUCAGUACAGAUCCAGGAGCUGUGCCUGAACAUCAUCCCAACGUUCGCCAACCUAAUUGAAUACCCGUCUAUGAAGAAUUCCCUCAUCCCCCGGAUCAAAUCAGCCUGCCUGCAGACCUCCUCACUUGCUGUGCGAGUGAACUCUCUGGUGUGUCUGGGAAAGAUUUUGGAAUAUCUAGACAAAUGGUUCGUCAUCGAUGAGAUCCUGCCCUUCCUACAACAGAUUCCCUCUAGAGAACCAGCUGUCCUCAUGGGCAUUUUAGGUAUCUAUAAGUGCACCUUUAGUCACAAGAAGCUUGGCAUCCCAAAAGAGCACCUUGCCACCAAGAGCUUGCCCCACCUCGUCUCUCUUAGUAUAGACAACAACCUCAAUCUAAAUCAGUUUAAUUCUUUUAUGAUGGUUAUCCGCGACAUGCUGAGCCGCAUGGAGGCAGAACACAAGACCAAGCUGGAGCAGCUGCACAUCAUGCAAGAGCAACAGAGGAGUCUAAACAUCUCAAAUCCAGGGAGCCAAUCAGAGGAGACCAAGAGCCCACCUAGCUCUGGCAACCAGAUUGAUGACAUCUUUGGCAGUGCUGGUGUUAAUGGGAAAGAAAAUGGAUCUACUUCAACAAGCUCGCAGCCAAACAGAAUGUCUCUGACUCUUGAGGAGAAACAGCGAUUGGCUAAGGAGCAGGAGCAGGCGGCCAAACUGAGGAGCCAGCAGCCGUUGGCACCACAAACAAUCAAAGCAGCCACCACUGCCAGCGCACAGACUAAGGAUCUGACCAGCAGCCUACUCAACAACAUGACGUCUCUGAACAACCUGUCUUUGGCCAACACAGCUCGACCCGCCCCAGUUCAGGGCGCCACCAUGCCUGCCUUCCCCUCCACCAGUCCUAUGGUGGGCUCCAAGGGUGCCCCGAUGUCAAACGGUUUCAACCCAAGUAUGGGCUUUCAGACAGGAGGUUUGGGAAUGGGCGUGCGGCCCACAGGUCCAGGUCUGUAUGGGGGGAUGGCCACCACCACCAGCACCCCAAACUUUGGAGUCCUCACGCAGAGUCAAGGACCAACUGGGCAGAGCAGUAAAGCUCCUGACAUGUCAGCCUUGGACAGUCUUUUUACACCCAGCAAGCCCAAAGUCCCUCUCAACCAAAUGGGUCCUCAAUCCACACCUGGAAGCAACACCCCCUGGCUAAGUCAGUUUGGUUCAGCCCAGAACGCUCAGACCCAGAUGCAGGGUGUGCCAGUAGGAAUGGGAGGGGUGCCCGCUGGGUUUGGGAUGCAAGCAAACCCCUUUUUUAGCCCACAGAACUUUUCUCAGCCAGCUGCUGUCCCCAGCAUGAACCCAACUGGAGUCAAACAGAGCGCAUCCAUGAACAAUGAUCUGAAAGACUUGUUUGGUUAAACAUGACCGGGUUACUUGUGUUGUUUUACUGACUGCGGAACGAAGGAGUUUGAAUUCUUACAGAACAGGACGCAGACCCAUCAUGGCGUACUUAUUCAUAUUUUUGAUCUCACUUGGGUUUAGAGUCUGACUUGUGCUCACAUUCUGCUGGAAAAUUAACCUGCACCUGAUUUCCAUUUCUACUUGACCGGGCGGAUGAACAUUUCGGGUGGGAACUUCUUCUUCUAUGCUGUGGUCUUUAAAUGCUGGGGGUUUCCUACUGUUUUGUACUUGACAUUCUCGGAGUCCAAAUGUGAUGGGUUGAGAUGAAUUCCAGCUCAGUUUUUUCUUUUCUUAUAAAGGUUUGGGAUCACGUGAUGAAUGGUUGAGUGAAUGUAUUUUUGAGUGGAUGUAUUUUACUUUAUGAAGAUACUUCGGAGUCAUCCCUUAAAAAGAAUAAAUAGGAAAGGCUGCUUCAAUGCUUCACAGCGGCUUACCUUCAGGCUUCUGUCCCUUCACUGCUUUAUUGACUUUUAGGAUUUUCAGCAUGCCAGAAGUCAUCAGAAACUUGGCUUAGAAACAGAAACAGGGGUGGGUAACUUCAAGUGCUGGACUGAUCUGCAUCCAGGAGGCCCCCCCUGUGGGGACCACUGUAGAAAAGUUGUGUAGAUGAAGCAAACCAUGCUUCAUCUCCAUGGUGAUUCUUCCUUUGCAGCAUCACUAACCUCCGUUUUUAUCAACACAAAUUGGACCCAUUCUGGUUUUUUCAUUUUCCCCAUUUAGUCAUUUUUUUUUACUCAUGUGGCAAAGCUAAUCUCCUCCAUUCAAGUUAUUAAGUUAUUAUAAACAAGUGAAAUCAAAUGUUUCACUUCCUUUGCUUACAAAUGACUGGGUAAAAGCAGAAUUAAAGAGUUAUGAUGGAGUGUGACAUGUGGAGCGGCUGAAGGCAGGACAUGUGGAGCAUGUGCGCUGCUUAUGCAAAUGUGCCUUUCAGGGGUACGUGUGUUUAAAAAAAUGCUCAUUUGUUACUGAAGUAUGAACAUUUUCCCGUCACACUCAGCUUUCUGUAAUUUUCCUGUCGAAUGCCUUGCUUUCUUACUGACCUCAACCACAACAGAGACAUUCAGCUUUUUGUUUUUGUUGGUUUUAAUGAUCAAUUGCAUUUAUUUCCACAUGAUCAAUUUAUGAAAUGAAGAUUUAUCACUAUAUAUAUAAUUUAGAUAUCACUAUAUAUUUUGGUUCCAGCACUUUUAAGCUGUCUGAGGACCCGUGCAGGUGACAUGAAGGGUAAACACAAAAGUUAUUUUAAAGUGGAAGAGGCCUUAGAUGAGUGGAGUGCAAUAAUCCUUAUUGGUUGUUCUGGGUGCGUAUUGAUUGGCUGAAAAAGCACGUCUGACCUACAGUUUCUCUAAGACGUCUGUCAGGUUUUCUUAACAGCUAAAUAUUGUUGUUUAUUCAUAAUAAAUCUUACAUUUUAGAAGAGAUUUUUUUAAGAAGCACCUGCUCACAUUGUGUUUCUGCUGAUUGUUAACACGCUGAAUUGUAACGUCUUCUAUUACAUCUUUUUCUUUUCAUGCCACAUGGCAGUGUUACUCAUUUAAUUCAACAGGUUCUUUCAUUUCCCUCUUUUUCUUUGUUUUAUAAGCAAACAAGACUAGAAAUGUGUCUGUAAGUGGAUGUUUUUCACCUGUGGAUCGACAUGCGUGUCGCAUAUUUUCGCAGAACCCCAAAGCAGAAAACUAAAGCUUAUUCUUCUACAGAAUCAUUUGUGAACUACUGCUGUCCUCUAUAUGAAGGGUGAACUUUGUUUUUUGUGUGGAGGUGAAGAUCUGUACAUAUAUAAAAGAAACACAAUCUAA